AUGAGGGAACAAAAUACAAAUUUCUUCUAUGACAUAGAAUUGGAUGAUGAUUUUCAUGUGAGGAAUGCAUUUUGGGCUGAUGCAAGAAGUAAAGUCGCUUACGAAUAUGUUGGAGAUGUUAUAACUUUUGACAUAACAUACUUGACUAACAAGUAUGACAUGCCUUUUGCUGCAUUCGUGGGUGUGAAUCACCAUGGUCAAUCAAGAUUACUUGGUUAUGGAUUACUAUCAGAAAAAGCACAUUUGGGUAUUGUGACCGAUCAAUGUAAGGCUAUGAAAAAUGCUAUUGAGUUAGUCUUCCCUACAACUUGUCAUAGGUGGUGUUUAUGGCAUAUAAUGAAAAAAAAUCCAGAAAAGCUUAGUGGAUAUGGUGAAUACAAAAGGAUCAAGUAUGCAAUGAAAGAAGCAGUCUAUGAUACAUUUACAACAACUAGUUUUGAACAAAUAUGGUGUUCGUUCAUAGAAAAGUUUGAUCUCCAAGAAAUUGAUUGGUUGGGUGGGUUGUAUAUUGAGCGUCAUAAGUGGACACCAACUUUGUUAAGGAAAUACUUUUGGGUUGGUAUGUCAACUAUGCAGCGUAGUGAGAGCGUACAUGCUUUCUUUGAUGGAUAUAUCAAUUCUACAACAAGUCUAAAUCAGUUCGUGAAACAAUAUGAUAAUGCUCUUAGAAGUCGGGCAGAAAAGGAAUUUGAAGCUGAUUUUAAUUCGAUGGAUACAACAAUUCCAUGUGGGUCAAACUCUUCCAUUGAGAAGCAAUUCCAAAGUGACUUUACGAAUGCCAAAUUAAAGGAAAUUCAAGUGGAAUUCAGAUCUAAAUGA